AUGAUUCUGUAUAUACAAAAAAGAACCAAAGAGAUUAAGAGAGAAAAUCUAGUUAAAAAUAAGAAAAUGGUGCUAUCUAAUAAAGUAUUCAGAUCGAAAAGAGAACAGCUAUUAUAUGAUGCAACAUUAAUGGGGAGAUAUCAAAAAAAGUUAAAUAAAAAUCCAUUUUUAUAUUAUGGAUUACCAUUUUGUUCAUUAAUGGUAUUAGCUUCGUUUUGGUUGUCAAAUUUUACGUCAGUAAGAUAUGAGCAACACGACGACAAGCAACAUGUUAUAGAUGAAGAGGAGUUAGUUAAUUUGAAAAGGGAAAGAAGACAGGUUAAUGUUAAAGAUGAAUACUACAAAUUACAAGGCCUAGGAGAGGGUGAUUGGGAGCCCGUUAGAGUACCCAGAUUGGAUGGCGAAUCAGAUAAUGUUUUUUAA